AUGAUUUUUAUAGUUGUUCAAGUUAAUGAAGACGUUAAAAUUUUAACUGGACCUUUAGCCAAAGAAGUAGAUGAGAAUGAUUUAUUUUCAAAUUUAUUCGAUUCAUUAACUUCUGAAAAAUAUUCUCACUACAAUAUACAAGUUGAAGUUAAAACAACUCAAAUACAGUCAACUCUUUUUAUAGUCACACAUUUGGGACAGUCCAUAUCUGGUGAUUAUGAGCAAACAGUCUUAUGA